GCCUCAGAUGGCAGGAACUCGAGAUGAGGAGGGAAGAAAAGGAAGAGCUGAGAGCUGAGAGCUGAUCUCGAUGCCGGGUAUAGUAGACACAUUCAAUUGCUUUUCCAAUAUAUUGAUCACUUGAAAGAAAUGUGUGUGUGCGCCCCUUUCCGUUCAUUGAAGGGGUCUGGAAUUUAUGACUUCAUUCCCUCAACAGAUCUUUUGUUCGUGUCACCAGCAAUUUGCUGUCCUCAAUUACGAGCUACGAGUUUCCCUUUGUGGAUCUCGAACCUAAUGAGUUACACACAAGUAGUUUGGGAAGCAGGGAGAGCCCCGAUUCCCGCCAGGGGAAUCAAGAAUUAUCGAUCCGUUGAGGGUUGAGGUCGGGUCUCUUGGGAUUUGAAUAUCGCAGAAGUAAGAUUCGUUAAAAACUGGGUUUCCCCUCUACUCCUUAAGCUUUCUUAUGAUAAAAAAAACCCACAGUCUUCCUUAAAUCGUUUUAUAAAAAUCCCUUCAUUAAAGUAAAAUUUAACUUCAUAUAUAUGUAUGUACAAUUUGCAAUUGUACAAUAUGUACAAUUGAUGUCACCAUUUGAAAUGUAGAUUUAAUUUAUAUAUAUUUAACAAAUAACAAACGACAACACUCAUAUGGCGUGCUUGUUGCUAUCCCAAAUUGGCAGUUGUACAAUCUGAUAAAGCGAAACAAGCCGAAAACAUUUAACGUUCCGUAGAUAUAUAAAAAACCCUAGCUAUAUAAACCAUAAAAACCGGCUUAACGUAGUUGAAUUUGGGCCAAAAUGCUAUCACGUUUGCUGCUGCUUUCUAUUGGUGGAGUAUUUAUACUUUUGAUAGUGGAUCAGUGCAGUGGCAAGCGCAAGUGGGACUACGAACCUCUGUCCAUUGAAACCUACUCCACGGAUGACAGUAAGCUGAAGAUGGUGGCCAAAGUGGAUCGAGUUGGCCGCGGUGAAUAUGCCAUUUCGGCCAACAUCGAAUUCAAGUACACGCCAGACGAUACCACCAUGGUAGAAGCAAGUGCCUAUCGAAGCAGCUCCGGAGAUGAGAACGACUACAAGAUUAUACCCCUCAGCAUUCCGAAGCAGCCAUAUAUCGAGUUCAUGAACAACCACUAUAAGGACGUAGUGCUGCCAAAUCUGGGCGGUUGCUCCAAUCUCGUCCAGUUCGAGGACAAAUUCGAGCCACCUUGGCCGCAGAAUACGUACAUGUUGGACAAAUGUGUGGCUAAUAGUGAUGGCUUUCCGGACAUUAUUCCCGAGGGCUACUACAAGGUGAAUUUUACCAUGAUGAAUCCCGUGGACUGGGGAUUCAUUCUCAUUGUGAAGAUAACCACAAAGCUUAUCUGAUCUCCACGUGAGCGAUCGCUUAUCUAUGUAUUAUCAAAUGUAUCUAUAUUCCUGUAUACUUAUAGCAUGUAGAAAAUAGUUGGCAUAAAUAGCAAUAAAGUCAGCAUCAAAGUCA